CUGCCCGCAUUGCUGCGUAGGCAACGGGCUGCUGGCUGGGGCACCAUCACCUGGCUGCGGGCGCUUUCCUCCCGAGCUGGGGGCCGCGAGCGAAAAUCGCGGCGCCAGAGGUUGCGCAGGGAAGGGGGCGCGCGACCCCCGGCUCGCGCGGCCGCUGCGCGGCCCCGCCCCCGCAGCCAGCGGCCCUGCGGCAGCCGGGGCCUGAGCUCCGCCCUCCUCCCGCCGGCCUCUCUCCCUCCUCCCGCCUCCCUCGCUCGCUCGCUCUCUCCCCCCCGCGGCGGGCUCGGCGCUGACUCCGCCGCACGCUGCAGCCGCGGCUGGAAGAUGGCGGGGAACGACUGCGGCGCGCUGCUGGACGAAGAGCUCUCCUCCUUCUUCCUCAACUAUCUCGCCGACACGCAGGGUGGGGGGUCCGGGGAGGAGCAACUGUGCGCUGACUUUCCGGAGCUCGACCUCUCCCAGCUGGACGCCAGCGACUUUGACUCUGCUACCUGCUUUGAGGAGCUGCAGUGGUGCCCGGAGAACUCUGAGAUUGAACCCAGCCAGUACAGCCCCGACGACUCGGAGCUCUUCCAGAUAAUCGACAGUGAGAAUGAGGCCCUCCUGGCAGCGCUCACGAAGACCCUGGAUGACAUCCCCGAAGAUGACGUGGGUCUGGCCGCCUUCCCAGGCCUGGAUGAUGGAGACGCACCUUCCUGCACUUCUGCUUCUCCUACCCCUUCACCUGCACCCCCCAGCCCCUCCCUGGAGAGGCCCCUCGCCCCAGCCCCUGAGGUGGACGAGCUCUCGCUGCUGCAGAAACUCCUCCUCGCCACGUCGUACCCAACCUCAGCCUCCGACACCCAGAAGGAAGGGACCAUCUGGCGCCAGGCAAGCCUCAGGUCCAAAAGUCAGCGGCCUUGUGUCAAGAUGGACAGCACCCAAGACAAGAAGACCCCCACGCCACAGUCUCAGAGCCGGAGCUGCUCAGAACUGCAUAAGCACCUCACCUCGGUGCCAUCCUGUCUCCGGGCUAAAGCCCGCUCCCCAGAUCGAGGUCUGCGGCCAUCACUACCCCUGAGUCCUCGGCUUCCUGCCAAAGAGGAUGAGGAGGUGGGCGAAGACUGCUUGAGCCCCCAGCUGGCUCCAGCCUCUCCCAGGGACUCCGCAGCACUAGGCAAGGCAGGCCUCGGCACCCAGGUUUCCCAGGAGGACAUGCAGGCCAUGGUGCAGCUCAUUCGCUACAUGCACACCUACUGCCUCCCCCAGAGGAAGCUGCCCACACAGGCCCCAGAGCCAGCCCCCCAGCCCUGCAGCAGCCCCUCCAAGCAGGUCAGACCCCGGCCUCGGCCCCAGUACCCUUCCAAAGCCACCUGGGCUGAGUUCUCUAUCCUGAGGGAACUUCUGGCUCAGGAUGUCCUCUGUGAUGUCAGCAAACCCUACCGCCUGGCCACACCUGUCUAUGCCUCCCUCACCCCCCGGCCACGGCCCAGGCCCAAAGACAGCCAGGCCUCCCCAGGCCACCCGUCCCCUGUGGAGGAGGUGAGGGUCUCGGCUUCUCCCAAGAGCUCGGGGCCCAGACCCAGCUUGCGCCCGCUGCGGCUGGAAGUAAAAGGGCACGUCGGCCGGUCGGCCAGGCUGCAGCCAGAGGAGGAAGAGGAGGAGGAAGAGGAGGAGGAGGAAGAAGAAAAAGAGGAGGAGGAGGAGGAGUGGGGCCGGAAAAGGCUAGGCCGAGGCCUGCCGUGGACCAAGCUGGGGAAGAAGCAGGAGAGCUCUGUGUGCCCUGUGCGGCGUUCAAGGAGACUGAACCCUGAGCUGGGACCCUGGCUCACGUUCACCGAUGAGCCGCUGGUCCCUGAGGAGCCCCGAGGGGCUCUGCCCUCACUGUGUCUGGCUCCCAAGGACGUGGACAGGGAGCUGGGCAGCCCCACGGAUGAGGACAGUGGCCAAGACCAGCAGCUUCUACGGGGACCCCAGAUCCCAGCUCUGGAGAGCCCCUGUGAGAGCGGGUGUGGGGACACGGAUGAGGACCCCAGCUGCCUGCGGAUCCCUUCCAGAGACUCUCCCCGGUGCCUCAUGCUGGCCUUGUCACAAAGCCCCACCGGUGACCCCCCUUUUGGCAAGAAGAGUUUCGAGCAGACCUUGACGGUGGAGCUCUGUGGCACGGCAGGACUCACGCCACCCACCACGCCUCCAUACAAGCCCACAGAGGAGGACCCCUUCAAGCCGGACAUCAAGCGCAGCCCAGGCAAAGACAUAGCUCCCAGCCGCCUCGCCCCAGAGGGCCUCCAGCUUGGGGCCAUCACAGGGGCCGCCCACAAGCUGCCAAAGAAGCAUCCAGAGCGGAGCGAGCUCCUGUCCCACCUGCAGCAUGCCACAGCCCAGCCAGCCUCCCAGGCUGGUCAGAAGCGCCCCUUCUCCUGUUCCUUUGGAGACCACGACUACUGCCAGGUGCUCAAGCCAGAAGGCGCCCUGCAGAGGAAGGUGCUGAGGUCCUGGGAGCCGUCUGGGGUCCACCUUGAGGAUUGGCCCCAGCGAGGUGCCCCACGGGCUGAAGCACAGGCCUCUGACAGGGUGGAAGACAGAAGCUGUGACGUCGGUGCCCCCAGCAGGGACAGUACGCUGCUGAGAGACCACGAGAUCCGCGCCAGCCUCACCAAGCACUUUGGGCUCCUGGAGAUAGCCUUGGAGGACGAAGACUUGGCCUCCUGCAAGAGCCCCGAAUAUGACACUGUCUUUGAGGACAGCAGUAGCAGCAGUGGCGAGAGCAGCUUCCUCCUGGAGGAAGAGGACGACGAGGAGGAGGAUGACGAUGAAGAAGAGGACUCAGGGGUCAGUCCCCCUCGCUCUGACCACUGCCCCUACCAGAGCCCACCAAGCAAGGCCAGUCAGCAGCUCUGUUCCCGCAGCCGCUCCAGCUCCGGCUCCUCAUCCUGCCGCUCCCGGUCACCAGCCACAAGGAGGACCUUCAGAUGUGGGAGCAGAGGGUCGUGUUCAGACGGAAUGCCAAGCGUCCGGCACGCCAGGAAGCGGCGGGAAAAGGCCAUUGGCGAAGGCCGCGUGGUGUACGUUCGAAAUCUCUCCAGCGACAUGAGCUCCCACGAGCUGAAGAGACGCUUCGAAGUGUUUGGCGAGAUUGUGGAGUGCCAGGUGCUGACGAGAAGCAAGAGAGGCGGCAAGUGCGGCUUCAUCACCUACCGGUGUUCCGAGCACGCCGCCCUCUCCCUGCGGGACGGCGCCGCCCUGCGGACGCGCGGUGAGCCCUCCUUCCAGCUGAGCUGCGGGGCGCUCCCGCACUUCUGCUGGCCCCGCCACGCCGACUACGAUUCUAAUUCAGAAGAGGCCCUGCCUGCGUCAGUGAAAACCAAGUAUGAAGCCAUGGAUUUUGACAGCUUACUGAAGGAGGCCCAGCAGAGCCUGCACUGAUAACAGCCUUAACCUUCGAGGAAUACCUCAAUACCUCAGACAAGGCCCUUCCAAUAUGUUUACGUUUUCAAAGAAAUUAAGUGUAUGAGAAGGAGAGAGCGCGCGCGUGAGAGAGAGAAAGAGAGAGACUCGGAACUGCUGUCCUUUUUAAAAAAAAAAAAUCAAUGUUUACAUUGAACAAAGCUGCUUCUGUCUGUGAGUUUCCACGGUGUUGACGUUCCACUGCCACAUUAGUGUCCUCGCUUCCGACGGGUUGUCCUGGCUGGGCUCCAGACGCGGGCUCCGUCACCCACCUCCCCUUCCUCCCCGACCGACGUCCCCUCGUAGACGUGCAGCUGUGUUCACCAUAACAUUUCUUGUCUGUAGUGUGUGAUGAUGAAAUUGUUACUCGUGAAUAGAAUCAGGAUUAUAAACUCAUUUCUAGUUGAAGAAAAAAAAAGUAUAUCUUUAAAAUAACGUAUUUAUGGCUCAGAUGUACUGUACCUGGGAUUAUUGUAUCGCUUCCUUGGUUUUUUAACUAUGCACUGUCGUGAGGUGUUUGCCACUGAGCUGCACUGCUCCCUUUGCCAGAGUGCCCCAGAGGUGCUGGGUAGCCGGAAGGCUGGUGGCCGAGGAGGCGCGGCGUGCAGCCACGACCAGGAGCAGUGCAGAGAGGUUUCCUCCCUCUUCUGCCAAGCCCUGCCUUGUCUGUCCCAGAGCAAGUUUGGGUCCAUUUCUAAUCAGAGCCCUUAUCUGGUGCCCAGCUCAAACUUUAGAGUUUAUGCCUGGCCGUUCAUGUUUAGAUGCUCUCGGACCUUGGAAGGAAGGUGUAUUAUUCCUGUUUUCCAGGCGAGGCAGAGAGUACCCCAAGAGGCAGUGACUUGCCCAAGGUCCCACGGCCAGUGAGACUACAGAGCAGCAGUCUAGCCCAGGCUUCCUGACUCCUGGUCCCAUUCUCCUGCAGUACCUGGGGUCACGAGGCGAAGUUGUAGGGACCGGUAGUGGUGGGUUCAGCUAAAAUGGACAACAGGCUAGACGCGUAUGGGCUCAUUUGGGGGGUAAGUCAACAGCUGACUUUACCAGCAUUGGGUGAGUUCAGGCUCUGGCACCAGUCUUGACCCAAGGGAUCAUGUGAUUUGCCUACACCUCUGGACACACCAUCAGAGCUUCAGUGACACACCUGGAGUGACAUGGAGAGGUGAUCUGGGAGCAGUCAUCCUUUUUGGGCCAGCCAUCAACCCAUCCCUACUCCCUCAUCUUGACUUCCCUUUUCCUCACCUAUAAAGCUGUUUUGGUGGCAUGCGGCAGGGGGGCAGGAAGUGGGUGUGAGAGAUGGGGAUGGAUAAGACAAUCUCCAAGCUCCUUUCUGACUUAGAAAACAUUCUCAUUGGGCUUUACUUUAACAUUGUGAUCUUGACUGAUGUCAAAGCCACGUCCAGCUUGGAUGUUCUGCGGGUGCCUUGAGGGCCAUUCAUGAGGGAGAGCAUGGCCAGGCAGGGUAAGAGCACACUGCUUCUGCUUCAGACAGAGCAGCUCCAACUUGAUCUCUUUCACACAUCAGGGUUCCUUGGGAAAUUUUUGUAUUUAAGAGAAAAGAAAGGGAAAGGAAAGAAAAAAGGUUCUGCUGCUUUAAAAAAAAAGUUUGAACUUGACUCAUUAAACAGGCUGAUUUAAUAUAUUAAUGCCAGGCCUACUUCUUGGAGAAUUGGUAGUUAUGGUUUUUUUGAGGGGUUUCUUUUUCUUUUUUCUUUUUUUUAUUUUUUUGUCUUUUAAAGAUUAUCAAAUACCUCAGCAGGUUAACUGGGCUGAUGAACCUCUCCUGAGAGGUAAGCAUACUCCAAGCCCAUGGAGAAGGCUGGAGGAGACAGGCAUUACAGGCAUUAGAAGGAACAGGGAAUUUGAGCUCCUAUGUUUCAAGUUAUUUGCCCUCUCUGGGCCCCAAUUUUCUUUUCUGUGAAAUGGACUGUGGGGGAGAAUUAGGCGAGCUAAUCUCUAAGGUCCCUGCCAGCUCUGAUAGUCUUAGCUUCUGCUGAGGUGGUAUCUAGCUCAAGAUGGCAAAUACGUGGCACAUAUUCCACUACUCUCACAUCCUUGGCCAGUGGCAGGCAUAACCAAUCGAUCACAGCACUCAUGUUCUUUGAGUUUGCUCAUGCUAUUACAAUCCUCAACACAGUGCUCUGAGCAGCCAUUAGUAAUUGAUUAGAGUUUGACACCCUGGUCUAAUCUUUGAAAGGUUUCUAUCAUACAGAACCAAAUGGUGUCUGGGUUUCAUUCUGGCCCAUCCCCUGUCUAUCAUGUCCUGAUCUAUGAGGAAAAAGUUGCCCUAAAGCCAUUGCUUGGCACAGGACUCCCAAUACUGCUGUGACACACAGUCCCACUUGGGGGUGGGGGCCAAGUGGAAGAGUGGACAUGAACAUGCCUGGCAAAGGCAGGGCUUAUAAGGAUGGACCAAAAAGGGGACUUUUCACAGCGCAGACCUGAACAUUCUAAAUUCCUUUUAUAGCUAUUCACUGCCUAGCACAUUGUAGGCACACAAUAAGUGGUUAUGGAAUUGAAUGGCAUGGAAUAGAAUUUAAAUCCAUCUGAUGCCUCCCCUAAGUCCUGAUUUGCACCAAGUAAACUGAGAGUUCAUCCUGUGGAAACCAAUAGGAAAGAACUCUACAUUCAGAAUCUGGAGAGCUGGUUGAGUCCUGGCUCCGCCAAGAACUAACUCUGUGACUUUGGUAAGUCACAGAGUCCCUCCCUCUCCCGGAGCCUCGGUGUGCUAGAAGGCGUUGGACUAGAUGGUCUCUAAACCCUCCUAUUUGCUUCUUCCUUGAUUGCACUAGGGCAGAGAUUCAACCAGGGGCAGAUGGUACUUUACAGUAAAGAAAUGCAGGCUUUUAGUAAAGAUGGGUCUCUCUCUCUUGGGUCAGCUGAAGCUCCCCUUCCAGUUCACAUAAGUACAGGGCACAUAAAAGUAGUUAGACACUGGCCCUUGAGCAGAGCAGAGAUCUGAGCAUAGCACUGGGACGUGAUGCCUAAGAUCAGGGUUGGGGCACACUAAUGGAAGAGGAUGCCUGCCAAGGGCGUCAAGCAGUUUCUGCUCACCAUCCCGUAUAUGAAAGGCUACAAGUUCUGAAAUUGACCAACCCUGCAGACAACCUCUAUCUGGAAGACUCAUUCGGUGCUGUGUAUUAUUUAUGAAGGAGACUCCAAGGUCUCUCCAGGAAAACUAGUCAACCUUGGUCUCUUUCUCAUCAAAUUGAGGAGUAACCCAGAGGGAGCAGCUGCCAUUGGCAACCAUCUCAUUGUAGCUCUGUCCUAGUAUUUGCUCUCGGUCAUGUUUACAUGUGAUUGCCAUAAAAGCUUACUGUAGACUGUGUUGGUAGCCACCCACACAAGGCAGGUUGUGCUGUCCAUCUCUGUGCUGUGCUGGUGUUUUCCAAAUAUGUCCGAUCCAACCGCUAAGUGGAAUUCUUCCAUCUCCUUCCUCAGUCGGUACAAGGCUGAAUCAGAACCCUCACUCUUGGGGGCUCUGGUUACCGAAGGAAAAUGCAUCAAAGACGUAAAGAAUAUGAGUGGAUGGAGUGCAGCUAAGGCCCCCACCUCCUUACCCCCACGACACCUUGCCCCCUAACCGGAACACUGCUUUGAGACACUACGCACCAGUCAAAUGUCUGCAUCUGCUGUGAGCUCUCACGGCCUUGCAUGGUGAAUGUGCCCAGGAGAGAGGGCUCUGGGGGCUCUUGGGGCAGGAGGAGGAAGGGAGGAAUGCUCUGAGCUGCAAAGACUCGGUAUCAGGUCCUGAUGUGGGAAGAGAUGCAAUAAGAAGUCUUUCUUGUGUAAACCUUGUGAUCGUGGCUGUUUGCAGAGCGAUUUCUUCUAGGUGUAUGCAGUGUGCAUGCUGAGGGGCAGGGAAGGCAUGGCAGUGCGGUCCUUCCGCAUGGGCUGGUUGGAACCCCAUCCCAGGCCUCAGACUGAGUUGAACUCACUGCAGCUUGAGAGAUGAGGCAUCCCAACUGUGAAGCAGAAUCAACCCUAAGGGACUUGUUGGUAUGUCUCACUGAUGUCAAAACUUCAGUAUUUUCUUACCAUUUGAGACUUAGCAGUUGUCCUCAGAUAUGACCAACCAAGGAAAUUGGAUGUGCAGUAGCAAAUAAAGUGAACCUAAUGGUUUCAAUGGCCAAAGAAGAGGGAUCCUUUCCAUUGGGGCAGAAAGAAACCAGUUAGUGCUUACAUGCAGUGUGUUUAAGUUGGUCCUCAAGUCCCUGAGACAUUUGCACACAUAGAGUGGCUUCAGGGUUGUUCGCUGAGCUCACAGUUACAGGUGAAUGGAGGGAGAACUCAGGAGCUGAGAGACCCUUGUGCACAGAGAUGCCCUUGGCCCAAAACAGAUGUGGGGUGGGGCACCCCUGGGAGCCGGCUGCUGAACGUCCAGGCAGUAGGCAGCGGCAGACUUUGCACUGAACCAAUAAAAGCACUUUGAGAAAACCACAACACUUCAGCCUGGCUCCAUGUUUCUAUGCUGGCAAAUAUGGGUCUCCUUGGGCUGUGUGACAUGCUGUCCUGGGAAUCAGGAUGGGAGUUGGGAAAGGGGCUGGUGGGAGGGAGGAGAGAGCAGCAGGAGAGCCCAUCCUAGGGCCAGCCCCUUGCUGGCCUGUUCAUUGGAGGCCCUAGAACCAGAACGGUGCUUUUAGAUCUUGGUACCUGUUAAAAAAAAAAGAAAA